UACUAGGUGGGCGGGAUCAACAUAUCUCAUUGGCUAACUGGUUUGCAAACAUCCUACGAGUCACUUAACUGAUUUAAGUAGAUAUGUAUUUUAUUUUGUGUAAUAAUAGCAUUGUUUUAGUUAGAUUACGGCAGUUUGAAAAAUGGAUAAAAGAUUAUAAAAUGAUCUGAAGAAAGCGGACAGCCAAUCACAGCUCGAUACGGAAAUGACGUGAGACACCUAAAGAUGGCGUCUGAUUCAAACGGCUAGAUUUCGUCUUCAUCCAACAAGCUGGUAGGGAACCAUGAAGAAUAACCCACUGGAGCAAAGACCACCCAUCCUUGGGAGGGGCGACGCAGUGGAGACUGGGACAACGGCAUGCUGCCAGAGCAGGAACAAGGUAGAUACCCCCCCGCAGCCAGGAGGAGACACGAGUGACAGCAGCGAUGCUGGAGGAAGGGGGGCAUCCCUGGCAAGGCGGAAGUCAAGUGGCAUCCAGCAAACUGGGAGAAGGAGGAGGAGAAUCCAUCAGCUGGAGAAAGAAAAGCUGGAAAUGACAUCCGCACACAACCAGCAGCUGUGCACACUGGAGGCGGAGCUGGCCCGGCUCAGGUCCUCAGUGGAGCGAGGUGAAGCCCAAAGAACAGAACUUCAGUACCAGCUGGUGGUCAGCCAGAGAGACACUCAACAAGCACGUCAUGCUAACACAACCCUCACAGAUCAUGCUGCAGCGAUAAAGCAGACUGUCCGGGAGCUGCAGAAGGUUCUGGAGAUGACUCAGCAUGCCAGGAAGGAGGACCUGCGUGCUUUGCAACAGGAAGUAGAUGAGCGUGAUGCGUUGAUUGACAGCUUGACUUUAGAGAGUGAACGACUGCAUCGCCUUCUGCAGUGUCAGGAGGAGGCGCUGGAGGUUGGUGAGAGGAGGAUGGUGGUGCUACAGAAGGAGCGAGAAAAAGACAUGGAGGCGGCACUUGCAGUGGAGCGGCGUAGUCACCAGGAGGCUCAGUGCAAGCUGGAGCAGCUGCAAGGACAGUUGAGGGAAGCGGAGAGAGAGAGGAGAGAGCAAACUGAGCGUGCUCAACAGCGGUUGCAGGCAGAGCACGAACAGUGCAAGUCUGAGCUGAGUGUCGCCUUGGAAACACAAAGGAGAAUGACCUUUAAACUCAAAGCAGUGCUCGAAGAGGAGAAGAGAGCACACGCCAACACACACCUGCUCUUGAAACAGGUCCCAUGCACACAGUCACACACACACCUUGACAGCUGGCAAUGCCAAGUAUUGUCAUGUAUACCACAAGAUUUGAUGUCUUGUGUUCAGGCGGUCAAGAGAGAAGCACAUUGUCAGAAGGCUCUGGAAGAGAUCAAAGAAGCUAUCAAACAACACACACAUGCAGGUUGUACUCCCACAAAAGAUGAUGGGAAACAGACUCCUGCUGACAUCAUGCAUCUGCUCAAGUCCACACUUUGCAGACAGGCGCGAGCUGACCACCAGGUCCAGGAUUUGCAGUUAGUGUGUGAAAGGUUACACGAGGAGAAGCAGACGCUCCAAGAGCUGACCGUCGAUCAGAAGCGUUGCCUCCAAGAAUCCGGACAGUUGUCACUCAAGUUGCAGGAGGAAGUGGCCCGCCUACGAACGGAAAGCAAUGGUUGGUCUGCAAAGACGGAGGAGCUGGAGAAGGAGAAGGAGGAGAUGUCAAAUGCCCACCUGUCCUUCCUCCACUCAAUUCAUCAGCGAGUACUGGUGGGUCAUACAGUUCUCAGUGAACCUCCAAGCACGGCAGCGGCUUUCACCAGGACGGAGCUGUGUGAUGUCAUCAACCAGCAGGUGGAGCUGCUGAUUUCCAACGUCCAGGAGGCCAAAAACAAGGUGGACCGUCUGCAAAGCGUGUGCGAGGAGAAAAGCGCAUGCAUGCAAGAGCUGCAGCGGAGUCAUGAGUGCGUGUUAGCGGCAAUGGAGGAGAGGGUGAGGAUACGAGAAGAGACUAAGAACAGCCGACACGCCCACGAGCUGCAGGUAAAUCACUGUGAGUGCCGCUCGCUUCGGGAUCGAGUCAGCUCUUUGACCUCUGACCUGUCACGACUCCACGACUUUCUCCUGCGAAGCCGCAAGAAGUCUUCCUCCUUCAUGUCAGCUUGUGCGCUUCUAGCUGGCGCGACCGUGAAUGCCGAGCUGCGGGUGCGCAGUCUCUGCGAGCAGAAGCGUCUUCUGGUCGCACGCUUCGCGGCCAGAGAGGAGCUGGAGCAGGAGCUGAGGCGGUUGGCCGGCGCUCUGGGAGGAGACGAGGACGAAAGAGGAGGGCAUGGGAGGCGGGCAAGAAGACGUUGGAGGAAAUACGCUUGCGUGCUAUCGGCUCUCAGGCGGUUACGUGCCUUCGCAAAGAGGAGCACGGUGUUGUUUCGGGUGGAGAGAGGAAGCGGCAGGCCAGCAGUAUAUGUCGCAACAGCAACUUUGAUGGGACAAGAUGGAAGCAAUUACGUUGGCUGUGAUGGUCGUGACGCCGCAUGCGUUCGCUGGCUUCGUUCCAAAUCUCUCUCCUCUGCCAUCUUGUCCUGCAUGGCAGACCUGCAAAGGGCGCUAGCGAGCACCCCUCCAGGUGUGACGUCAGCGGCUCGGUCUGGGUUGUCGCGCCUCUUGGAUCAACUUAUCACUCCCCCAGAAUCCGGCCCAGAGAUCCUGGAUCAGAUAAAACUGACCAGACACAGUCAGCCCCUUAGCAGCUUGAAGAUCCUGGUGUCCGGCCUCCAACAGCACUUUCUGCUCUUCAGCCAACGGCUGCACUCAGCCGAAGUGGAGCGGCGCAGCCUGAGGCUUGAGAUGGCUCAACUGAGGAAGGCAGAACAACAACAGGGACCGACCUGCAGGACGGUCCCAGCGCAGCACUUUCACAGUGUCUGCACAGAGCUCCGCCAGGCGCUCAGCAGAGAACAGGAAGCUCAAAACCUCGCUCGGGAACAAUCAGCGCAACUCGAUGCUCUGCGGCUACAAGUCAAUACGCACGCUGCUGAGCAGGCCAACGGCCACCAUGCACUCAGCCACAUGGCAGAGAUGUUGGCGGAGGUUCGGCGGCGCCUUAAAGUAAAGGAGCGCACGCUGAGGGUCCUGGCUAAACGCCUGUCGCGGGCUCAGGAGGAGAAGCGCAUCCUGCGAGGGCGUCUGCGACGUAUUGACGAGCAGCUUCAGGACGCUAACAGGCCCCAGGACCAUGUGAUCAACUACGAGAAUGCGGCGGGGCAGCACUACAAAGAGCUCACAGGCGGUCUUAUCCAAUCACUUUCUUGUCCGUCAGCUGAGCGCUGUCUACUAACCUCACCCGUACAUCAUGUGAAGCCAUCUGGAACAGACAGCAUCAUGGGAGCAUGUCAGGUGUCUGAUGUUCAAGCCCAGCCCACUCCUGGCCCGCAUCCACACUACCUGCCUCCCAAGGACAAGAAACGUGUGAAGAGAGCAAAGGUCAACACAGGAAGGGAACGUCUUAAAGGUUCGAGAUGUCCGAAGACGCUUUUUUCCUAAAUCUUUGAAGCACUUUGAGUGCAUGCUUGCAACAAAAGUGACGCAUCAGCUCGCCCUUCAGCGAGUGUGCACCUCCUCAAGUCCUCAGGGAUCCAUGCCUCCAGGGUGUGUGUGUGUGUGUGUGUGUGUGUGUGUGUGUGUGUGUGUGUGUGUGUGUGUGUGUGUGUGUGUGUGUCAGGAGCUUAAGUCGCACACAACUUGAACAGAACAAGUUUUUUGCCUUGAUGACUGCUCAUCUGAACAAAAAGGGGUCAAUAAACUUAAAAGGACAAACAGU